AUGGAGCCUUCGCUCAAAGACCCCGAGACGGCGGCGGCGGCGGCGGCGGCGGCGGCGGACCCCCGGGGGGCGUCCUCCUCCAGCGGGGUGGUGGUGCAGGUCCGCGAGAAGAAGGGCCCCCUGCGCGCCGCCAUCCCCUACAUGCCCUUCCCCGUGGCUGUCAUCUGCCUCUUCCUCAACACUUUCGUGCCGGGACUGGGGACGUUCGUCUCGGCCUUCACCGUGCUGUGCGGGGCGCGCACUGACCUCCCGGACCGGCACGUGUGCUGCGUCUUCUGGCUGAACGUCGCCGCGGCGCUCAUCCAGGUCCUCACGGCCAUCGUCAUGGUGGGCUGGAUCAUGAGCAUCUUCUGGGGCAUGGACAUGGUCAUCCUCGCCAUUUCCCAAGGCUACAAGGAGCAGGGCCUCCCACAGCAGCUGUGAGCCCUCAGGGGCCGCCGGGGAAGUCCAGGGAGGGCUGCACCAGACAGCUUCAGGCACAAGGAUCUUUACGUGUUCUCUUCUGCCAUUUUCCAGAUUUGGGGUGGAAGGGGGGUAUUUUUAAAAAUAUUAUUUAUUUUGAAAACGUACCUGCUUUUCUCAGCGGGUUCUGAGGGCCACCAAUCCCUGCUCCUGCUCGGGAAGGCGCUGGAGCACCAGAGCGGUGGGGGGCGGGCAGAGACGGGACAGGCGAGGCUGGAAGGCUCCCUGCCCCCUGCUCGGGCCGUGGUGGGCCCCGUCCUGGUGAGCGGGGGCUCGGCAAGGGGACAGGACUGUGGUGGACACUUCCUCUGGGUCCCCACUCCCUGCCUCAAACUCUGGUGCCCCGAGUGUUUUCUCUGUGGUCUCCUGGGGCGAUGCCGGAGUCGGGGUGAGGAUGGCCAGACUCCAGCCCAGCGUGGAAAGCGCCACUGUCCCCACAGCUGGCCUGAGGCCUCGAGGAGAGGACAAGUCCCAUAGGCCUGCCCUCCCUGAGUGCCACCCCAGCCUCCUUGUCCCUGAAAUCCACGGGCUGGGUGUGCUUCGACCUUUGUUUCCGGGGGAGGGAGGUGAGAGGCUCCACCCCGGGGCGAGGCUGCUGGAAUUGCCAUAUGUCCACGCACAGAGUCACCAGCCCGAAGCGUGCGUGGGCACAGACCGGCCGGCAGCCUCUCACAUACCCUUACACCAUUUCUGGCCCACACUCCUUUCUCUGAAAUUCUUGGGGCCAGAUGGGUCUCUGAAUUCAGCAGUGUUAGAUUUGAGAGUGAUAAGAUGAUCCAUUUGCCGAAUAUUUUCAUAACACCCUGGCGGAGUCUGGAACAUGCCACCCACCAUCCAGCACGUGGAUAUUUCUGCAGAGAAACGUGUGGCGAGUCAGACUAACUGGGAUCAAUAAAAACUGUAAAU